AUGCACUCUGGGCACAUCCAGGGCUUCCAGGAAAGACCGUUCAGUGGCUGGUUUGGCCACCCCUCUGUUCCCGCGUCAGUGGCCCUAAGCGCACAGCGCUCGGAACUCGGAGGUGCCAGAGACUCCGGCGAAGCAGGCCUGGGGAGGGCGCGAAGCCACGUUGUUCCGAUCCUCAGCCACCUGGGUCCCAGCCUGGAACCUUCAGACCCUGACGUUCGGGCCCCCUCGGUGCCAGACGCCCCGAGUGCCGGGGCGCGCCGGGCGCGGGCUGGGAGCGGCGGACAGCGGGCGGGACAGCGCCCCCGCUCCUCCCGUGGGAGGGCGCGCGCCCCUCCAGGAAGCUCCCGCCUCGCCUCCCGCUUCCCUCCCCACUCCCCGCCUCGGCCGGAGGGAGGAGCCCGAGCCGCCGCCGCCGCCGCCGCCGCCCGCCCGGUCCGGGAGGAGGACAGGACCCCGAGCGGCUGGGAGCGCACGCGAGCGGGCCGUGGCCGUGUGGGCAGCGCCCUGAGCCCGUCCCGCGCCUGCGGGCCCGGCCGAGCAGGAGCAGCGCCCGGGGAUGCCCGGGCGGCCCAGAGCGCGGGCAGCGGCAGCCGUGCGGUGAGGGCGGUGGCGCCCGUGGGACCCGCGACUGCCAGGAACUCCUGCCACCGCCACCGGCUCCCAUGGCCCACAUACCCAGUGGGGGUGCCCCAGCAGCGGGGGCAGCCCCCAUGGGUCCCCAGUAUUGCGUGUGCAAGGUGGAGCUGUCGGUGAGUGGCCAGAACCUACUGGACCGGGAUGUUACCUCCAAGUCCGACCCCUUCUGUGUCCUCUUUACAGAGAACAAUGGCAGAUGGAUCGAGGUGAGGCUCUUCCGUGUGUCUGCAGUGGGUAAGGGGGUGGCUAGGCUGCUGGGGAGGAGGAGUCUCCCAGGACUGGGAUCCAGGGACUCCAAUAGAAGUAGUUGGAGUGUGGGCUGGUGGCAGGGGAUUACUCG